AUGGAUAGGAAGCGUGCAGCAAGGGCCUGCGACGAGUGCCGACGCCUGAAGGAGAAAUGGCUGGCUCCUAGGAAUCGAGAGUUUCGACAAUAUAUUCCAAAGGAAAGGGAAAAAUCAGUACGGUCUGAUUUCCGAGAAUUGAUCCAGCGCUCCAAAUAUAUGGAACGCAUAUUGAAACAGACAAUUGAGGGCAUUGCUCUUGAUACCAAAAACCUGGCCAGAUUGGCAGAUGCUCUCGAGGCCGAUAACGGAGACAGAACCACUGUGAUUCCGGAGGCCAAAGAUGGAGAAGCGCAGCAUAUAGAUGAUGAGGCAUGUACAAUGGUACCAGUUGGAGAUACCACAACUCACUUUUCGGGGGAGUUUUCAUACUGGAACUUUUCUAUGCGAGUUAAAAAUCAUAUCGAAAGCCAGAUACAAGAGCCAGGGAAUCAUGAUCCUGAUCCUGCCUCCAAUUUCCCACGCGCCCGGCAGUUGCGCUCGGGGAACCACCUGUCUACAGCAAUCUCAUCAUGUCCACCACGCCAUAUCGCCGGCUUCUUAGUCAAGACAUUCUUCAAAUAUGCGGAGACUCACUAUUUCUUUAUUGAAGAAGCAUGGCUUCAUGAGCGCCUCGACUUGCUAUAUAACGACCCUCACAAUUUCACUAACAAGGGAAAUGAAGUGACGAUCUGUAUUCUUCUAACAAUUUUCGCGAUCGGCACACAAUAUGCCCAUCUUGAAUCUCUUGGCCAAGAUUCGGACAGGGGUUCGAGAUCCACAUUCUCUGAAGAUGAUGUGGGGGCCGCGUUCUAUCAACAAGCGAUUCGACUUUUGCCCGAAAUUAUCGAAAUCUCUUCCCUGGAGAGUGUUCAGGCCUGUUUAUUAUUUGGAUAUUAUGCGCUACCGGUAGACGCAUCCGGUCUCGGAUUUAUCUACAUCAAUCUCGCCAUGCGACUUGGUAUGCAGAAUGGCAUGCAUCGAAAGUGUAAGAAUGAGGCCUUCUCACGGACCAUGAUCGAGACUCGAAACCGUGUGUGGUGGACAGCUUAUGUACUUGAGAGAAAAAUUUCCAUCUUCCAUGGUCGACCACUUUCGGUAAUGAGAUCGGAUGUUGAUGCAAAUACUCCUCUCUACCAAGGACUGAAUCCCGAGGAUUAUCCUGGAAAUAUCACAAGAUGUUGCAUCUCGGUUCAGCUGGUUCAAUUCUUAGAAGACUUCUUCCAUGAGAUCAAUAUUCUGAGGAAUUGUCACAAAAACGAAGCAUCAAAGAUUAUCUCUCGCCUAGUCACCCGCAAGGUGACAUUGACAAAUUGGUGGAACUCUCUGUCCAAAGACGCCGUGGAUGGCGACUCGCAAGGGAAGCACGUGCGCUCCAUCAUGCACUUACGGCUAGAAUACUGUCUAGUCCGAAUGUUUGUUGGAAGACAAUUUCUCCUCAAACAGGACACACCGACUUCCAACACCAGCUCGCCCGCCAAUGCAGAUCUCGUCGAUGAUGGCAACUCUAGGAUCACGGAUGGAGCUCAAAAAUCCGGUCGUGAGGACUUGAUUGACGAUUGCAUUCAAGCAGCGACCGAAGCCUUGGAGAUAUGUCAACAAGUACGAGACAGCGGCAUUGGUCUAGCGCGAGCUUCUUACAUAGAGUACAGCUCAUGUCGCGCGUCUCUCUUAGUUCUUAUUGCCUACUCGAUACAGAAUUUCUCUGAAAGGUUCCGCAAGGCCCUUUGUGGAGGCCUGGAUAUGAUUCGAGAAAUGUCGGCGGCUGGAGAAUCGGCGAGAUCCGAGGUAUCACUGAUAGAAUCGCUUGAGCGCGCACUCGCGCGUCUACAUACUGGAUUACAGAGCUCCCAUCCUGGCAGCGCCCAAAGUUUGCCGAUUUCAGAUUACGAGGCUUUCAAGAACUGGGGGUCUCACUUGACAGAGAGGAAUGCUGAUUCAUCUCAACUACCGGCCGACCUUCGAAGUGGUCAGCACGAUGAUGCGACGUUUCCAUCUAGACAGCAAGCGUCUUUUGCUUCGGAAAAUAAUGGACCCGGAAAUAGCAACAUGGACAUUUUGGACGCCUUUGAUCCGCUGGUUGAGAUGUCCAUUUUUGGUGCUGAGAAUGUUUCUCCGUCUGCUGCUUGGCCGACCUACACCGAAGCUCAAGUUCUCGAGCAUUUCAUCACAAAUCCUCAGUACGUAACACAUCAAGAAACGUGA